AGAUGAGGUGGUUGAGAUUAAGGGACCUCGUCCUUCGGUUGUUGCGCAGUCUUUGCAGAGUGAGCCGUCGGCUAGUGCUGAUCCGGAGGAGUACGCAGCAUAUCUGAAGAAAAAGCUUGAUCUGUACUGUGCUGCUGUUGCAAAGUCGCGGGGUUCUGGCGCAGUGCUUCAUGAUUCUUCCACAUCUGACAGCAGGCAACAAUUGCCAGAUUCUUUACUAGUGGGAUCUGAAGCUUUAGUCAAAAGUAUUGGGACGGCGGUAGCUCCCGCCAUGCCCCUUAAACAGAAUUCAGGCUUUUCUCAAGGUAGGACGGGGACUAGUGGAUCUUCAAGAGAGCAGUCUGAUGAUGAUGAGUUUGAUGGAGAAGCAGAAACAGCAGAAAAUAUGGACCCUUCUGAUGCAAAGCGGUUUAGGAGGAUGCUUUCAAAUCGCGAGUCUGCGAGGCGCUCUCGAAGAAGAAAACAAGCGCAUUUAAGUGAGCUUGAAUCACAGGUUUCACAAUUAAGAGUUGAAAACUCAACUCUAAUGAAGCGUCUCACUGAUGUAAACCAGAAGUACAAUGAGGCUGCUGUGGACAAUAGAAUCCUUAAAGCAGAUGUUGAGACCUUGAGAGCUAAGGUAAAGAUGGCCGAAGACACAGUGAAGAGAGUCACCGGCAUGAGUCCAAUGUUCCCAACAAUGUCUGACAUCUCCUCCGUUAGCAUUCCGUUUUCCGGCAGCCCCUCGGAGGGAAACUCCGACCCCCCCCCCGCCGCUCCCAUGCCGGACGACCCCAGCCGGUUCUUCGCCCCUCCGUCGCACCACGGACUCAACACCUGCAUUCCUGAAAUCACCCCCGGCGGCUCUCCGGCCGAAGACCGUCCAUGCCGGCUUCGCCGGAGCUCCAGCCAGACAAGGGGCGGCAGCCGGGUUGGAGCGCUUUCCGAAGAGGAUCGGCAGCUGGGAUGCUUCUGGAUGGGAUCCUGAGAGGAGCUCAGGUGGAAAGAGACAGAAUUAGAUUAGUGCCAAACUGCUUUUCUAUCGUUCUGCUAAUGAAGAAAAUGUUCCUAGGUUUCUCUGUUCUGUUUGUUAGAAUUUAACUUUGAAUCUCUUGCUCUUCUAGGACUAUGCAAGUUUUAGUUUAAUGUUUUGAAUAAUUUUUAAAAAAAGGGUUUUUAUGUACCCACCAGUCAAAAUUAGGGCUGUUGAGAAUCGGAUUUGGAGCUGGAUGGAAAUCAGCCGGAGUAGAUUGAGUUUGGAU